AUGCGUACGAUCGUUUGCAUUAAUGUUUUGCGAUCCUUUGUGUUCAUCACGGGUGCUAUUACAUUGACUAGUCAUGCAGCACAAUGCGCGUUGUAUAGUGUAUACCAGCAUCAGACAUCCAUACCUAAUUGGUUUCAAGCUGGACAUUGGCAGUAUAUACUGUGGUACAUAACCUUGUCGGUGUCUGUCUUGAGCUCUGCAGCAAUAUGUAUCCAUGCAAGUUGUUGCCGACGAGCUCAUAUACUUCGUGGUGACAAAACACUGAGUAUCGUCAACAUAUUCACGUUAUCCGUUACCAUUCUGCUCAUCACCUUUUUGGGCGGUCAAGAGCCAUGGACAGACGGCCUUGUCGAAUUCAAGCAGCCAGCCAAAGGGUUCAUGCCAUACUGUGACAUGCUCGAUGCCAGCAACGACGCACUUUAUCCUAUACUUUAUCACCGGUGCCUACUGAUUGAUGCAACGUAUAUCGUUGAGGAGACCAAAUGGGGUAAAUAUGCGCCUCAACCUUCGUCUCAUCAACGGCGACAUAAUUCGACUUUGACGCGCGGAUCGUCUUUAAACAACAAUUGUUCGUCUACAACACCGCUUACACAGCAUCAGCCAUUACCUGAGCCUACGCUACCGAAUAUGUAUGAGAACAUCGCUGCAGAUUACUAUGGCCGAAACCAUGAUUAUACCACCACUACUGCCACGAGUUUUCUGAUGCCACCUACAUCAGCAACAGCUUACACGCUGGCUAGUCCAAUGACACCUGCGAGCACCUAUUACUAUGACGACGGCUAUCGGGAUCCGCCCACGACUACGAUGACAACAACGUCGUCAAUGCCAUCACAGCGCCAAAAUAGCCGUAACCAUCAGCAACCAGAAAGCUACUAUUAUUAUCCGCAACAACAAUAUCGAUAG